AAACUGUCAUGUAAAGAAGUAUAAACAAGGAAGCGAUCCGAGGCCACGGCGAGCUCACUUUCAUGAGCUUUUUGCGCACAAACUUGGCUUACUGUUGGAUGCCAUCCGACAUCUGAACAAUGGCCAUGACAAAAGCUUUGCGGAAAAUGAGGGACACCUAUGAGCAGUCACUGAAGGACGACAUGGAGCAGCCGGCAAGCAUGGAAGCAGACGGUGACACGUUGAACAGCAAUGAGGGCGAAACAAUCACUUCAGAGCUGCAUGAAAAUGACAGCGCAAAUAAUGAAAGCAGCAACCCCGCACCCGCAGAGGAGACACGCCAGGACAAUCGUUCUUACGAGUGUGAUGUAUGCUUUAUGAAGUUCACUCAGUUUGCUAACAUGCGUCGUCACAAACUUAGCCACUCUGGCAUUCGUCCCUUUGAGUGCCGUCUCUGCUCUCGACGUUUCUUCCGCAAGGACCAUCUGGUAGAACAUACUGUGCGCAAGCACUCUAAGCAGCGUCCCCUACGGUGUCCUUUCUGCGCCAAGACCUUCCCUACCGUUCCGCUUCUUAAAUGCCACCUCUCCAACAAUCACUCUUCUGGCUACAAUCCCAAGGAAAACAUAUGUAGCAUCUGUGGCUUUGUUGCGACCACCCCUGGUGGAGCAAAAAUCCACUACAUGACAUACCACGUUCGUCGAGCACUGCGCCCCACUUCCCCACCACCCAUGCGGCUGUCCGCUCUGCUUGGCCACUAUCCGAGUCAGCAGCCUGAAAUGACAAUCGGCACACUUGGCGGUGACACCUACUGCCCUCCUGUGGCUGGUACAGCUUCGGAAAUGCAGCACGAAUAUCAGGAAAUAUCUCCCAGAAUCACAAAUGUCCGCACCCAGCAGGACGAAUCGAAAGAAAAUGAGGACGAAGGCAUGGUUGUUGUGAAGACGGAAAUUCACAGCAGUGAAGCAGAGAAAGAAGGAGACGAGGAAGACACUGCAUCGAGCAACAAAAAUGGAGAAGAAUUAACCACAGGAGCUUGGCCAUUGCCAUCACAGGAACACUCCUUGCUGUCUGUUAGUACAUCACAGUGGAAUUCAACUGCAAUUAAUGGCAAUGACUUAGGCAUUGUUAUCUCCCCUCCCCCUCAGGCUUCAGGGGCCUUUGGGGUGCACCCUGGGGAGGAAAAAUUGGAUGAGAAGCAACGAAGCACUCCUGAAACAUCAACAGCCGAUGGAGACAGUGGUGUGGACAUGAGGUGUCCCACAGCCUUUGCUUGCCACUAUUGUGAUGUUGUGUUUUACGAUCGCACACUAUACUUGCUGCACAGAGGGAUGCAUUCUUUGCACCGGCCAUGGCGGUGCAACUUGUGUGGGCACCUGUGCAAGCAUCGUUACGAUUUUGCCAGCCACAUCAUAGCUCAUUCGCAUGCCUGACGUACCAUACUGCCUGGAAUUCUGAGGCAAUAACGCUGAGCGAAAGUUAGCAUGAAAAAAGAAAUGCUGGUUUUCCAUAACUACUCUUGGAGCAUUUGAUAUACAUACUGCACUGAAUGAUUUACAAUAUCUGAAAAUCUUGCAUAGAUUUGUGCCUCAGUGCCCAACCUUCUGGUUAAGUGCUUAAGAACCACAUGAAGAAGCUCAAAGCAAAUUGUUUCGACUAAUGCACUUGCGACACAUAUGGUUAAUUAUAUUCCACUGGGGUUUCACACUGCAUACCUUAAAAUGUUUGUGCACUAAGAUCAAGCCCCUCAAAGGUUGUUUGAAAUUGGUGCCUUACAUGUUCAGUGCCUUAUCUCGUAUGCUGUGCACCUCCAAGACUGAGUAGGGGGUGUUUUUACUUUUCUAUCUAUACCAUAGAAUACUUGUUAAUGUAAAAACCUGUGCAUGCCUUCCUGUGACUUGAUAACUGGCUCCAGGGGUGGAUCCAGGGGUUGAGGGCAUGUGUGUGUGUGUGUCCCCCUCUGAAACCGGGAAGCUAUUGUGAAGUCUUUCGUUGGUAUUUCUGUGUGUUGAAUAUAAUCACGUUUGCCUCGUGGGAGUCCGUACAACCCACACGUGCCCCCAGACUUCCAUCCUGGCUUUGCCCUUUGUUGACUGAGAGGAGGGAGAAGAAGGCUGAUGCAACACACUUCGUCAUGUUCAAUGUGUUGCAGUGCAUUAUAAAUGUUUUGUUCGCGCAUGUAGGAUACAGUUUUUGUCAAGUUCCAAACAAAGCACCCAGAAAGUUCAGCUAGAAUACUGCUCAGAGCAACUUUUAGUAUAAUGAAAUGUCACAAUGUGUAUACAAUUAAAUCAAGCAAAAGGGUUGCUCUGUAUGAUCUGAGACUGAUGUGUAGGCCAGCAAGUGGUGGCCGUUUCAUACAUUUACCAUGUGUAGCAACAUUCCAGCUAAACUUUUCGGGUGGAUGGUAACAGGCCUGGCAGGUCUCAGGCAGGUGUUAUUUGUCAUGAGACUCGCAUUGAUGCUGUUUCACGCUCGCGAGAGAUGCUUCCAUGUUUUUGUGGUGCUUUUGGUGCACGACAGAGUGUAAUUUUUAGCAUAAUUUUAGAGGCCUUUUACGCGUUCUUAGCCCGGUGGUGCUCGAUAGCUUAGUCAAAGAUAUAUUGAGGAAUUUUGCUUGAUGUGGUUGAUGUGGUGCGAUGACAUAGGGUACAUGAAGAAGACAUUGAAUGUGCCUUAAUUGCGUCUGGUGCUCGAAUUAUGCUACUUCAAGUGUUAUCUUUUUUCUUGCAGCUGUUUCAAAUGGCUGCAUUGUGACACAAUAUCAAACACAAAAUGUGCCUUGCCGAUUUUCGUGUAGUGACGUGCAAUAAUGUACCAACAACAACUCCAUUUUGUGCCUUAAGAUACAUGUAAACAACUUUGUUGCAUCUAGUGCUCGUUGCCUAUUUUACCGGAAACUAACACAACGUGCAUUAUUUGUUGCGCCCAUGUUACCAUACAUGGCUGGUAGCGUGUGCGUUUGAAUACACUUGAGGUUCAGCAUUUGCAACAGUUUGAUGGAUGUUUCGUGCAUUUGUAACGUGACUAUUUUAGCAGUUGGUUCUUCUCCAGUUUUGACUCUCUUCGACAUUGUGUAAUGCAAGUUUUGAUGGAUAGUGACUUGUUUGAUGUUCAGUGAAUGAAUUCAACCGGUGCUAAGAUACAUAAUAUGUGCUGCAGCAUGUAAUCGAAUAAUGUAUGGUGCUGUACUGCUUUCCAGAUACUUAGAGGUGGUGGCAUCUAGGAAACUUGCAUACUUGUCUUUUAUGUUAUCCUGUCAAACUAUCAUUCAUGCUUGCUGGGUGCAGGUCGUAUCAUCACUACAAAAUAUUCAUACAAGGAUGAUAAUCAUUCUAGUAGGGAGUUUUCAUCCAUCAGUGCCUUGCAGAUAUUUAUGCAACAUUUACAGUAUCAUUCGAAAGGGAACUGUUUUUGUGACUGAGCAAUAAAGUUUUACUGUCUUUUGCAACA